UGGGAAGGUUCUGUCCAAGAGCCUUAUCCAGACCCACAUAAUCAACGGGAGGACUGAUAGGCUAAUGGAGUUGACUUUGACAGACCCGGAGGGUAACAGAUUGGGCGCCGUAUUGUGGAACAAGUACAUAAACCAGUAUCUGGAUUAUGUUAAUGCUAAUGAAGGAGUGCCUGUCUUCGUGAUAUUUCAACUAUGUAGGCCAAAAAGAUACCAAGGGAUCUUGACAGUGAAUUCGUCUUUUGAUGUAUCAAAGCUCAUAAUCAACGGGAACACUACUGAGUUUUUAGAGUUCCAAAGCGAGUUUCCAGCAGAUGGUGAUGACACCACGACUCAAACCUGCAACACGCAAUGCUCACAUGCGGAAGGGAGGGAUGAUAUACUCGGUGGAAAUGCUGUCAUUACCACCAUGGAGGAUUUGAUGAAGGCAACUGAGGUGUGUCCUGAAGCUAGAGUCAUAGAUUUCGCAUUUUGAAUAAAUAUAUAUUCACUGCUAAUAAGAAAAUUAUACUUGGAUAGGAGAAUGUUUAUUGGGUACUUGCUGAGAUAGUUUCUAUAGAAAACUAUCGA